GUGGGCACCAUGUUCACGGUCCUGGUUCUCGUGUUCACCGCUGUUCUUCUGCUCUAUGUGAAGCUCCGCUGGCACUUCGCCUACUGGAGGCGCAGGGGCGUGGCCGGCGAAAAACCCCACCUGCUCCGCGGAAAUAUGAAGGGAUUGGGUAAGGAGCUCCACUGGACGGAUAUCAACAGGCGGAUUUAUGGGAAAUUCCGGGGCAAAGAACGCUUCUGCGGAUAUUUUACCUUCUUGAGCAAAGCGCUCUUUGUCAUAGAUCUGGAGCUGGUCAGGAAGAUAAUGAUCAGUGACUUUGGCAGUUUCGCCGAUCGGGGACUGUUUCAUAAUGUCCGGGACGAUCCGCUGACCGGGAAUCUGCUGUUCCUGGACGGACCCGAGUGGCGUUGGCUGCGCCAAAACCUGACGCAGGUCUUCAGCUCCGGAAAGAUGAAGUACAUGUUCUCCAACAUGGUGGACGUGGGCGAGAAGCUGACGCAGGCAUGUCUUCAGCAGGUCGGCAAGAUCGAGGCCAAGGAUCUGUGCGCCCGUUUCACCACGGACGUGAUCGGUAGCUGUGCCUUUGGUCUGGAGUGCAAUAGCCUCCAGGAUCCGGAGUCGGAAUUCCGACGCAUGGGACGCUCUGUCGUUUCGCAGCCCCUUCAUUCCGUGCCCGUCCAGGUCUUCAUGUUCGCCCAACCGGAUCUGGCCAGGUCACUGCGCCUGCGCCUGUUUCGACCGAAGGUCAGUGAAUUUUUCCUGGACACCGUGCGCCAGACAUUGGACUACAGACGACGGGAGAAUAUCCACCGCAACGACCUGAUCCAAUUGCUCAUGGAGUUGGGCCAAGAUGGGGACAAGGAUGCGUUGUCCCUCGAGCAGAUUGCGGCCCAGGCACUAGUCUUCUUCCUGGCAGGAUUUGAUACCUCCUCCACCACCAUGGCCUUUUGCCUGUAUGAACUGGCCCUGAACCCCGAUAUUCAGGAUACACUACGAGCUGAGGUUCUAGACGUUUUGGGGAGCAACGACCAGAAGCUCACCUACGAAUCUGUUCAUGAGAUGCGGUAUCUGGAUCAAGUGGUAGACGAGACCUUGCGAAAGUACCCUAUACUGCCUCAUAUUUCGAGACGAUCCACCAAGGAAUACCUGGUGCCGGAUAGCAACUUAACUAUAGAGCCGGGAACUAAGAUAAUAAUACCUGUGCAUAGUAUUCACCACGAUCCAGAGAUAUAUCCAGAGCCAGAGAAGUUCGAUCCCAGUCGUUUUGAGCCGGAAGAGGUCAAGGCCCGCCAUCCGUUCGCCUAUUUGCCCUUUGGCGAAGGUCCUCGCAAUUGCAUAGGCGAGCGAUUUGGCAAAUUGCAGGUGAAGGUGGGUCUGGUCUACCUCCUGCGAGACUUUAAGUUCAGCCGAUCGGAGCAAACACAGAUCCCGCUGAAGUUUAGCAGUCGCACAUUCCUGAUUGCAACCCAGGAGGGAGUUCAUCUACAUAUGGAGAGACUGUCCGCACCCUAGAAAUUUUAUAUUAUUUAUUACGAUUGAAGUAUUCAAACCAAUUUCUUAUCUACGAGAAAUUGCUGUCGGAGAUUGCAGUAAUGUUAUAUACUUAAGUGCAAAGAAAUUGUCUACAAGCAUAAAGCUUUAUACUUACACUCUCUCGAAAUGUUUACCUCGAAAGCUUAGUAAUCAAAACAGAAAUGAUGAUUAAAUAUAUAAAAUAAAUUCAAGAACGAAAA